GCGCGGGAAGUCGUACAGUAUUGUGAAAAAGAGUUGUUUAUGUGUUGGCAGUAUAUAUGUAAAUAUUUUCGCAUACGAGUUUGAAAAGUAACAAUGCCGGAGGUACAAUUAGUGAAAGUGAUCAGCUGUAAUUUUCAGGAUCCAAAGCAUCAAGUAACAAAUUUGCUCCGUGGGAAUUUUGGAAAAUGGCUGUGUCCUCUUCCAAGAAAAAAUAUGUCAAUGGAGGCAGUGUUUAUGAUGGAAAGAGCUUGUGUUAUAAGUGGAAUAAACAUAGGAAAUUGUGGUUCAGCGUUUGUGACAGUUUCUGUAUCACAUUAUGGAUCAUCAGAAUUUGAAACACUUCUGCCAUCAUCAGUUUUAAUGGAUCGACAACAGACUAAAAGUGGGUCAGGAAAAACAUCUGUGCUGAUGUUUUCAAGAGAUAAGUUCUGUGAAAAUGUGAGAGAAAAGAAAUGGGGUAUCAUAAAAAUUACUUGUACACAACCAUUUGAUACUCAUGUUCCAUUUGGUUUGAGUUUUAUCCACAUAAUAACAUUUGAAAAAGAUACUGUCUUUGCUGAUACGAGUGGAAAAGAAAACAGGAUUAUGGCAAAAAGGAACAUAUACAAUAAAGCAAGCAUUUCCAGGCCACAGUCAGAUGUUAUUCAAAAAGUAGCUGCAGCUUCACCACGUUCGCUGGAGCUCAUGAAAGCUUGUAUGAACCUUCAUAAUUCCGACAACAGAGAGAAGAUAUCAGAAACAGUCGAUUGUGCUAAAGAAAUGCCAUUAAGAGAAAAUGUUUCCAGAACUGAAAAGCUAUCAAAUGGUCUGUCUGGUACAGAUUCAAGGCGCAGCAAAUGCCCAAUUUGUUGUGGUUCAUAUGAGGUAACAGAAAUUGAAGCCCAUGCAGCACAGUGCACUGGUGUGUCAAACAGCAAUUCAGCUAUUGAAGAGAAUGAUGAAGUGAUGUGUCCAGUAUGCAAGUGUAAAUUUAGUUCGGAAUAUAUUGCAUCACAUGCUGAUGCUUGUGCAGAGAAGCGACUUGACAGUACCACAAAAAGUGCAAUCUCAAGCCCUCAGGCAGGACGACACAAAUCACUGAAAUUUGUAAAUGCAUAUGAAGAGCAAGGCCAGAAAACACCUCCGAAUAAGGAAGAAAAAGACUGUGAUAUUAAAUUUAGACAUCGAGUUAUAGCUUUCCUUGACACUGAGAAUGUGUUGGCAAAGUACAUGAAACAUAUAACAAUUGGUGAACUACGAAGAUUGUAUGAACAAACAACAAAAGAGUCCCUUCAGAGUCACGAAAUCAAAAAGUUUGCUGCAGUUGUAAGAAGUUAUCUUAGAGCGUACACGGAUUCAGAGGUAAAAAGCAGCAGCAGUAAGGUUUCAGAUAAUCAGGAUGUUAUAGGAAGGCAUCCUGUAUGUAGGAGAAAUCUUCUAAGUUUAGAAGAUUCCGCAAAUGCACAAAACAGGGAUGAUUGUCAAGAAGAUGAUUUCAUCAGCAGAAAUGUUAUAAUCCAUGCAUCACCCACAACACCGACCAAAAGAAUUGACUCUCUUCACACACCUAAAAGAAAGAAUUUGGAGAGUGGACCUUUUAGGAGGAAACGAUUGGCUAAUGGUAUGCACAGUUCAGAUGCCACUUACGAUGGUAGUAACUCUGAACCUAAUACAGUGCACACUAUAUUGGAGGACGUCGCACACAUGGUCCAGUGCCAUCUGUGUGAAGAGUUCUUCAGUAUAGCAGACAUAGGAAAUCAUUCUUCAACCUGCAUUGUUCCUGCUGAUAUUCAUCAGCUGAAUUCAGAAAGAGAGAUCUGUCCAAUAUGUGAUGAACUGAUUGCGAAGGAUUGUAUUGAGCAACAUGCUGCUCUCUGUGCGGAAAAUAAAUUUGGGUAGUGCCUGAUUAUUAAUUGUAAUUGUUUCCCGAAUUACUAUCAUGUGAACGUCUUCCGGAGAAAUUACCUGAACCUUGUGGCCUUGUGGUGCUCUACAUACAACAUGUUUAAUGGAAUUGUAAUGAUUUUUUUUGUGAUAGUCUUAAAUAUUUUAUGUACAUGUCUGUGUGUGAGUUACUGUGCUCGCUGUCAGCAUAUUCACUAAACUUUUAUGUAUUUGUAAUUAUUUAGCACAAAUAGUUGGGAAUAUAUGAUGUUGGAGUUCAGUCACGUAAAAUUUUCUAAAUGAUAUUAUAGUCGUCUUUUGACAGUAAAAUUAUUUAUUUGUACAAUCCACUAUUGCAUUCAGUUCAUGGGGCCACCAUUAUCAAGUGAAAACACUUUCCAAAUUCUGAACAGUUUCCAAAUUCUGUGUCUGUU